GGCCCCGGCUGCCGCCGCUGCCUCGUCCGGACUUGGCGAGGACUUGGGAGGGACAGCGGCGCUGGGAGGUGGCUUAGCAGAGACUUUCCAGCAACUGCUGCCCAGGACUCUUUUUUUUUUUCCUCCCCUUUUUCCCAGGAGGCGACGGCGGCGUGGGGAGAGAAGAGAAGGAAGCGUCUCCAGUUGGAGUCAAUGCAGCCCCUCGGCUCUUCUGGAGGAGCGUCCGUGCCCCGAUGAGCCCCCGCCGCGCGUCGCCGACUGUCCCCCGGCGGGAGUGGGGCGCGGGGCCCAGCGCCGACGAUCGCUGCUACUGUUUUGCCCGCGGGGGUAGGAUGUGGUGAAAGGAUGGGGCUUCUCCCUCCCCGGGCUCACAAUGGCCAGAGAAGAUUCCGUGAAGUGCCUGCGCUGCCUGCUCUACGCCCUCAAUCUGCUCUUUUGGUUAAUGUCCAUCAGUGUGUUGGCGGUUUCUGCUUGGAUAAGGGACUACCUAAAUAAUGUUCUGACUUUAACUGCAGAAACAAGGGUGGAGGAGGCUGUCAUCCUGACUUACUUUCCUGUGGUGCACCCCGUUCUGAUUGCUGUUUGCUGCUUCCUGAUCAUUGUGGGGAUGUUAGGAUACUGUGGAACGGUGAAAAGAAAUCUGUUGCUUCUUGCAUGGUACUUUGGAAGUUUACUUGUCAUUUUCUGUGUAGAACUGGCCUGUGGUGUUUGGACAUAUGAGCAGGAAAUCAUGGUUCCAGUACAGUGGUCAGAUAUGGUCACUUUGAAAGCAAGAAUGACACAUUACGGCUUACCUAGAUACCGGUGGCUUACUCAUGCUUGGAAUUUUUUUCAGAGAGAGUUUAAGUGCUGCGGAGUCGUGUAUUUCACCGACUGGUUGGAAAUGACAGAGAUGGACUGGCCCCCAGAUUCCUGCUGUGUUAGGGAAUUCCCAGGAUGUUCCAAACAGGCCCACCAGGAAGAUCUCAGUGACCUGUAUCAGGAGGGUUGUGGGAAGAAAAUGUAUUCCUUUUUGAGAGGAACCAAACAACUGCAGGUGCUAAGGUUUCUGGGAAUCUCCAUUGGAGUAACACAAAUCCUGGCCAUGAUUCUCACCAUUACUCUGCUCUGGGCUCUCUACUAUGAUAGACGGGAGCCUGGGACAGACCAAAUGAUUUCCUUGAAGAAUGACACCUCUCAGCACUUGUCCUGUCAUUCAGUAGAGCUGUUGAAACCCAGCCUGUCAAGGAUCUUUGAACACACAUCCAUGGCCAACAGCUUUAAUACACACUUUGAGAUGGAGGAAUUAUAGAGGAUGUCAAGGAAGGAAAUUUGUUUUGUUGGACUUGUGAAUUUUCAAGUACAUACUUAUCUGCUUCAGAAAUGUGUAGAAAUACAAAUGUUGCCAUUAAAGAAUGCUUAAGCAUAUAGUUAUCUACUCUUUAAAAUGAAGAGAGAGGUUUCAUGUUGUAGGUCACCACCUGGACAUAUGGUUAACAAUGCUGAGGAUAGAUCUAAUACCCACUUUAUAGCCUGUGUAAGAUUUUUACUGAAUACAGUUAUGCCUUGAGGUGGUAUGAUUUGACCAGUAUUUCUGCAUCCACAAAAAUGGGCCCUGCUAUGGUGGUGUUGGAGCUAGAGUAAAGUUUGAUUUACUUCCAAGUUAGUUUAUAAUGUACCAAUUAACAGCUAACAUAGGAAGUUAGACAGUACUAAUGACUUUUAUUAUUUGGUGAUAUAUUCUUUUGAGGGUGAAUAGUUUAUACAUAAGAAAACUCUGAGGAUUGGUGACUACCUAAAUGUGAUUUUUUUUUUUUUUUUUUUUGCUUGUUCCUAAAAUAUUGUUACCACUUAAAAGAGAAACUAACACAUUGUCUUAAACUGAUCAGGGAUCUAUGUGUAUAUAAGAGUCUGUGUGAAGUCUGUAUAAUUCAGUAGAUUUCAGUUCUAAUAAAUAUUAAGAAUAACAAUUGAGAAAAGCAUAAAUUUGUCCUGUAUAGCACCAUUUUUUAGCCUUUCCUGUUAAAAGAAGUUUUAAAAUUCUGUCUUGGGUUUAUAUAACAUACAUAACUGUUAAUUUAAAUAGUUAACCACUAAUUUUGAAAAAUAACCAGUGUGAUAAAUAGGAAAAAUUAUCAGUGUGAUAAAUCAUUAUUAUUCAGAACGUAGUCUGGUAUCUAGGAAGUAUUAACAACAAGGUUUACACAUAACUUAAUUCAUUCAGUAAAGACUUCGAUGCUAUUUUUUUUUUCCCAAAGCUGAGACUCUUUCUGACACUAAAUGCUUUUUAAAGGAGCUUAUCUUUGCCUUCCCAAAAUAAGAAGAGUCUCCAAGUCUGAAUUUAAUUCUCAGAGAAUAGUGUUCCUUUUCCUCAGCAAAAUGCUGUGAGAAUCAUUAAAAUAAGUGACAGUUUAACUAGAGAUUGUUUUUGCUUUAUUUCACUGAUUAAGAUGCUGUGGUGAAUUACACAGAUUAUUAAAUUUUUUACAAGAGUAAAGUAUAUUUAUUUGAAAUGGGAAAAGUGCAUUUUACUGUAUUUUGUGUAUUAUGUUUAUUUGUCAGAAUAUUGAAAGAAAAUAAAGUGUCAGAUAUUUUCUAGAGAGUAA